CAAGUCCAGGAUUGGGUGGCAGCGUUGAUGGGUCUAGUGAGGGUGGUAUUGGUAGCUGGCAUCCAAGAGACUGGUGUGGAGGAAGGAUCAUAUGACAAGACCAAAAGCUGAGGAAAGGAUGGAGAGCUUGGCCAGGUGCACACUGAGACUUUCAUACCACUGUUUUCUUGAGAGCUGCCUUCCAAGUGUGUGCUGUCUAUGAGUGCUGGGACUUCUACCACACCCUGCCUCCAACAGUCGCUGGAUUAAAUUACCUGGUACUUCUAAUACUUUGUCACUUGUAAUUUGAGGGUUUGGUGUCAUGCCCGAGUAAAGGGACCAGAUUAUUUAUUUGUACACUGUAUCCCUGUCUCUACCAUCCCUUUGGAAUGGGGAUAUAUGGACCUUGCUAUUAUAGCAAAUCCAGGUAUAUCAAUAGACAUUCCUGAGCCUUGGAUUCAGUUGCUUAUCCACUAAUGGUUUCUGUCCUUGGAGCAAGCCUUGGAUUUAGCUUCCGUGCCCUAGAGUCUUGUGUCUUCCCGCAUUGGUGUCUUUUUCCAACUGGUUUCAGCAGAUCCACGUGGCUCUGUUAAGUGGCUUGGCCUGAAAAUCUAAAAACUUCCAUUGAAUGGAAAGUACCCACUUCUAUUAACCAUGGGUUUGACUAUAUAUGGCCGUUGUUGCCCUUUCUCUUUUUUAUUUUGCUGUGAAAUGGUACUUGGCCAGGCUCCAGUUGGAGUCUUUUCUAGAUUCGAUGGGCUUCUUGUUGUCAAGUGGUCAAGUGUACACCAAGGCUGUAAUUAUCCUUGCUGGAGAGCUAAGAUUGAUGGGUAAAGUUUGCUGGCACAUACUCAAUUGAAAAACCAGAACCAGUAGUUCUGCGCUUUUUUUAGUUUAAAGAAUAUAUACUUUUAUUUUCCAUUUGCAAAUAUCCUGUAUGUCCUGGACCCAUUAAUAUUUAGUAAGCUUGUGGUUCUCAGGACGCGUAAAGUAAAACAAGCUGUUGUCAGCUGGGUGGGGAAUCAGGAUUCAUUCUUCUGUGAGACACUGGUGCUAUCCCAGGAUCAUUCAAAGUACUACGUUGAUUCCUUUCUUUGUGCCCUCCUCCUCCUUACUCCCCAAGGCACAAUUUAGGAUACCUCAUUUUAGUUUUAAUCUGGGGGAGGGGCAGGGAUCUUUCUGUGAAAGGUCACCUGACCCAAAUGCUUUUUAAUAGACUUUAUCUGUUUAUACUACUUUUCAAUGAACAGAUAAUCCUUACAUUUUAUUUUUAUUGUUUAAAUAUAUGCGAGAUUCAAAAAGGCACAGGAAAGAUAGAUAGAUGGGGUGUGGGUAAGUGGGAAGUAUGGAAGAGAGAAUCAGCUAGCUAGCUCCCAUGCAUGGAUUCACUCUGCAAGUGCCUGUAACAGCCAGAGCUACUGGGCAACCUGAAGGUAGGAACCAUAAAUUCAGUCCAGAUCUCCCAUUUGAGUGGUGGAAACUCAGUUACUUGAGUCAUCAUCACUAUUGCCUCUCAGGAACUAUAUUAGUAGAGAACUUGAGCCAGGGCAAGAGCUGGGUGUCAAAUGAAAUAGUCUGAUAUAGUGUGAUGGCUAGAUUAUACUAUGCUAUUCUCUACAUCUGUCCCAAUAAUCCCUAUCUGAAUGCAAGAAGACAGCAAGACGAAGGAAAAGUCUCUGUCUAUGCCCAGAUUGGGAAUCCUGGGAUCCACGGAGGCCUGUGGAUAAUGCCCGAGAAGCCAUGCAGCAGGCUGAUGACUGGCUGGGUGUCCCACAGGUCAUUACCCCAGAAGAAAUUAUUCACCCGGAUGUAGAUGAGCACUCAGUGAUGACGUACCUUUCCCAGUUCCCCAAGGCCAAGCUCAAGCCGGGGGCUCCUCUAAAACCCAAACUCAACCCAAAGAAAGCCAGGGCCUAUGGCAGAGGAAUCGAGCCCACUGGAAACAUGGUGAAGCAGCCAGCUAAGUUCACUGUGGACACCAUCAGUGCCGGGCAAGGAGACGUGAUGGUGUUUGUCGAGGAUCCAGAAGGGAACAAAGAGGAGGCACAAGUGACCCCAGACAGCGACAAGAGCAAGACAUACUCUGUGGAGUACCUGCCCAAGGUCACUGGGCUGCACAAAGUCACAGUCCUUUUUGCAGGACAACAUAUCUCUAAGAGCCCGUUUGAAGUGAAUGUUGACAAAGCCCAGGGUGAUGCCAGUAAGGUCACGGCCAAAGGGCCAGGAUUGGAAGCCACAGGAAACAUCGCCAACAAGCCUACUUACUUUGACAUCUACACGGCAGGAGCUGGCGUGGGUGACAUUAAUGUUGAGGUGGAAGAUCCCCAGGGGAAGCACACUGUGGAGCUGCUUGUGGAAGACAAAGGAAACCAGGUGUAUCGAUGUGUGUACAAGCCAGUGCAGCCUGGGCCCCACGUGGUCACAGUCUCCUUUGCUGGGGACGCCAUCCCCAAGAGUCCCUUCAUUGUGCAGGUUGGAGAAGCCUGCAGUCCAAAUGCCUGCCGGGCCAGUGGCCGGGGUCUGCAGCCCAAAGGCGUCCGAAUCCGGGAGACUGCCGACUUCAAGGUUGAUACCAAAGCUGCUGGCAGCGGGGAGCUCAGUGUGACAGUGAAGGGGCCUAAGGGCCUGGAGGAGCUGGUGAAACAGAAAGCCUUUGCAGAUGGGGUCUACGCAUUCGAGUAUUACCCCAGCACCCCCGGGAAGUACAGUGUUGCCAUCACAUGGGGGGGACACCACAUCCCCAAGAGCCCCUUUGAAGUUCAAGUUGGCCCCGAAGCAGGCAUGCAGAAGGUCCGUGCAUGGGGCCCUGGCCUCCAUGGAGGGAUUGUUGGGCGCUCAGCAGACUUUGUGGUGGAGUCGAUUGGUUCUGAAGUGGGGUCUCUAGGGUUUGCCAUUGAAGGCCCCUCCCAGGCAAAGAUCGAGUAUGAUGACCAGAAUGAUGGAUCAUGUGAUGUCAAAUACUGGCCCAAGGAGCCUGGUGAAUAUGCCGUUCACAUCAUGUGUGAUGAUGAAGACAUCAAAGACAGCCCAUACAUGGCCUUCAUCCAGCCAGCCACUGGAGACUAUAACCCUGAUCUGGUCCGAGCAUAUGGGCCAGGUUUGGAGAAAUCCGGGUGCAUUGUCAACAAUCCAGCCGAGUUCACUGUGGAUCCAAAGGAUGCUGGGAAAGCUCCCUUAAAGAUAUUUGCUCAGGAUGGGGAAGGCCAACCCAUUGAUAUCCAGAUGAAGAGCCGAAUGGACGGCACAUACGCUUGCUCAUAUACCCCAGUUAAGGCCAUUAAGCACACCAUUGCUGUGGUCUGGGGAGGUGUGAACAUCCCACAGAGCCCCUUCCGGGUCAACAUUGGGCAAGGGAGCCAUCCCCAGAAGGUCAAGGUGUUUGGGCCGGGUGUGGAGAGAAGUGGCCUGAAGGCUAAUGAGCCUACCCACUUCACAGUGGACUGCACUGAGGCUGGUGAAGGUGAUGUCAGCGUUGGCAUUAAAUGUGAUGCCCGGGUGUUAAGUGAGGAUGAGGAAGAUGUGGAUUUUGACAUUAUUCACAAUGCCAACGACACAUUUACUGUCAAAUAUGUGCCUCCAGCUGCUGGGCGAUACACAAUCAAAGUUCUCUUUGCGUCUCAGGAAAUCCCUGCCAGCCCUUUCAGGGUCAAAGUUGAUCCUUCUCAUGAUGCCAGCAAAGUGAAGGCAGAAGGCCCAGGGCUCAGCAAAGCAGGUGUGGAAAAUGGGAAACCAACCCACUUCACCGUCUAUACCAAGGGUGCUGGGAAGGCCCCACUUGAUGUACAGUUCAGCAGCCCCCUCCCUGGCGACGCGGUGAAGGAUCUGGAUAUCAUCGACAAUUACGAUUACUCUCACACUGUCAAGUAUACACCCAUCCAGCAGGGAAGCAUGCAGGUGCUGGUGACUUACGGUGGCGAUCCCAUUCCGAAGAGUCCCUUCACUGUGGGUGUUGCUGCCCCACUGGAUCUGAGCAAGAUCAAAAUUCACGGGCUGGAAAAUAGGGUCGAAGUUGGACAGGAUCAGGAGUUUACCAUUGAUACCAGGGGUGCAGGAGGCCAGGGAAAGCUGGAUGUUACCAUCCUGAGCCCCUCACGUAAGGUUGUACAGUGCCUUGUGGCACCUGUGGCUGGCCGGGAAAGCAACACUGCCAAGUUUAUCCCUCGGGAGGAGGGCUUGUAUGCCAUCGAUGUGACCUACGAUGGACACCCUGUGCCUGGGAGCCCAUACACGAUGGAAGCCUCACUGCCGCCUGAUCCAACCAAGGUAAAGGCCCAUGGUCCUGGCCUUAAAGGUGGUCUGGUGGGCAGACCUGCUGAGUUCACCAUUGACACCAAAGGAGCUGGCACUGGCGGUUUGGGCCUAACUGUGGAAGGUCCGUGUGAGGCCAAAAUUGAAUGCUCAAACAAUGGUGAUGGAACCUGCUCCGUGUCAUACCUUCCCACAAAACCUGGAGAAUACUUUGUCAACAUUCUCUUUGAAGAAGUCCACAUUCCUGGUUCACCCUUCAAAGCUGACAUUGAGAUGCCAUUUGACCCCUCUAAGGUUGUGGCAUCAGGACCGGGUCUCGAGCAUGGGAAAGUGGGUGAAGCUGCGCUCCUUAGCGUUGACUGUUCAGAAGCGGGACCCGGAAACCUGGGCCUGGAAGCUGUCUCAGACUCAGGAUCCAGAGCUGAAGUCUCUAUUCAGAACAAUAAAGAUGGCACCUACGUGGUAACCUACAUGCCCCUGACUGCUGGCAUGUACACACUGACCAUGAAGUACGGCGGUGAGCUGGUGCCGCAUUUCCCAGCCCGGGUCAAAGUGGAGCCCACUGUGGACACCAGCAGGGUCAAAGUCUUUGGGCCUGGAAUAGAAGGAAACGAUGUAUUUCGAGAAGCCACCACUGACUUCACUGUGGACUCACGGCCACUGACCCAAGUUGGUGGUGACCACAUCAAGGCCCACAUUGUCAACCCCUCUGGGGCCUCUACUGAGUGCUUCGUCACUGAUAAUGCUGACGGGACCUACCAGGUGGAGUAUACACCUUUUGAGAAAGGCCUCCAUGUAGUUGAGGUGACAUAUGAUGAUGUGCCUGUCCCGAACAGUCCCUUCAAAGUGGCUGUAACCGAAGGCUGCCAACCAUCUCGAGUUCAGGCCCAAGGUCCUGGGCUAAAAGAGGCCUUCACCAACAAACCUAACGUCUUCACUGUGGUUACCAGAGGAGCAGGAAUUGGUGGACUUGGCAUAACUGUUGAGGGACCAUCGGAAUCUAAGAUAAACUGCAGGGACAACAAAGAUGGCAGCUGCAGUGCCGAGUACAUCCCAUUCGCUCCAGGGGAUUAUGAUGUGAACAUCACCUAUGGAGGCGCACACAUCCCUGGCAGCCCCUUCAGGGUUCCUGUGAAGGAUGUCGUGGACCCCAGCAAGGUCAAGAUUGCUGGCCCAGGGUUGGGCUCAGGUGUUCGAGCUCGCAUCCUGCAGUCUUUCACGGUAGACAGCAGCAAGGCUGGCCUGGCCCCAUUGGAAGUGAGAGUCAUGGGCCCACGAGGUCUGGUGGAGCCUGUGAAUGUGGUGGACAAUGGAGAUGGCACACAUACAGUGACCUACACCCCAUCUCAGGAGGGGCCUUAUAUGGUCUCUGUUAAAUAUGCCGAUGAAGAGAUCCCUCGCAGUCCCUUUAAGGUCAAGGUCCUUCCUACGUACGAUGCCAGUAAAGUGACUGCCAGUGGUCCUGGCCUCAAUUCCUAUGGUGUGCCUGCCAGUCUCCCCGUGGAGUUUGCAAUUGAUGCCAGAGAUGCUGGGGAGGGCCUGCUUGCUGUUCAGAUCACGGACCAAGAAGGAAAACCCAAAAGGGCUGUUGUCCAUGACAACAAAGAUGGCACAUAUGCUGUCACCUACAUCCCAGACAAGACUGGACGCUACACAAUUGGAGUCACCUAUGGAGGGGAUAACAUCCCAUAUUCGCCUUACCGCAUCCGGGCCACUCAGACAGGCGAUGCUAGCAAGUGCCUGGCCACAGGUCCUGGCAUCGCUCCCACUGUGAAAACGGGCGAGGAAGUUGGCUUUGUGGUUGAUGCAAAGACUGCUGGGAAGGGGAAAGUGACCUGCACGAUUCUGACUCCAGAUGGCACUGAGGCAGAAGCCGAUGUCAUUGAAAACGAGGAUGGUACCUAUGACAUUUUCUACACUGCUGCCAAGCCCGGCACCUACGUCAUCUAUGUGCGCUUUGGUGGUGUUGACAUUCCCAACAGCCCCUUCACUGUCAUGGUGACUGAAGAGGCCUAUGUCCCCGUGGGUGAAAUUAAUGGCCUGGGGUUCAAACCUUUUGACUUGGUCAUUCCGUUUGCAGUCAGGAAAGGAGAAAUCACAGGAGAAGUCCACAUGCCUUCUGGGAAGACGGCCACCCCCGAGAUCGUGGACAACAAGGAUGGCACGGUCACAGUCAGAUACGCCCCCACUGAGGUCGGGCUCCAUGAGAUGCACAUCAAAUACAUGGGUAGCCACAUCCCUGAGAGCCCACUCCAGUUCUACGUGAACUACCCCAACAGUGGCAGUGUGUCUGCAUACGGCCCUGGCCUGGUGUACGGAGUGGCCAACAAAACCGCCACCUUCACCAUCGUCACUGAGGAUGCAGGAGAAGGUGGACUGGACUUGGCUAUUGAGGGACCUUCAAAGGCAGAAAUCAGCUGCAUUGACAACAAAGACGGAACAUGCACAGUGACCUAUCUGCCCACAUUGCCCGGUGAUUACAGCAUUCUGGUCAAGUACAAUGACAAGCACAUCCCCGGGAGCCCCUUCACAGCCAAGAUCACAGAUGACAGCAGACGGUGCUCGCAGGUGAAGCUGGGCUCAGCCGCAGACUUCCUGCUCGACAUCAGCGAGACUGACCUCAGCACACUGACAGCCAGCAUUCAGGCUCCAUCUGGCCGUGAUGAACCCUGUCUCCUGAAGAGACUGCCCAACAACCACAUUGGCAUCUCUUUCAUCCCCCGGGAAGUGGGAGAGCACCUGGUCAGCAUCAAGAAGAAUGGCAACCACGUGGCCAACAGCCCCGUGUCCAUCAUGGUGGUCCAGUCCGAGAUUGGUGACGCCCGCCGAGCUAAAGUCUAUGGCCGUGGCCUCUCAGAAGGCCGGACCUUCGAGAUGUCUGACUUCAUCGUGGAUACAAGGGACGCAGGUUAUGGCGGCAUUUCCUUGGCAGUGGAAGGCCCCAGCAAGGUGGACAUCCAGACAGAGGACCUGGAAGACGGCACCUGUAAAGUCUCCUACUUCCCCACUGUGCCCGGGGUAUACAUUGUCUCCACCAAGUUUGCUGAUGAGCAUGUACCUGGGAGCCCUUUUACUGUGAAGAUUAGCGGGGAGGGACGAGUCAAGGAGAGCAUCACCCGGACCAGCCGGGCCCCAUCUGUGGCUACCGUCGGGAGCAUCUGUGACCUGAACUUGAAAAUCCCAGAAAUAGACAGCAGUGACAUGUCAGCCCAUGUCACCAGCCCCUCUGGCCACGUGACCGAGGCAGAAAUUGUGCCCGUGGGGAAGAACUCGCACUGCGUCCGCUUUGUGCCCCAGGAGAUGGGUGUUCACACGGUCAGCGUUAAGUACCGUGGGCAGCAUGUGACCGGCAGCCCCUUCCAGUUCACUGUGGGGCCACUCGGCGAAGGGGGCGCACAUAAGGUCCGGGCAGGAGGCCCUGGCCUGGAGAGAGGAGAAGCAGGAGUUCCAGCCGAGUUCAGCAUCUGGACACGGGAAGCGGGUGCUGGGGGCCUCUCCAUCGCCGUUGAGGGCCCCAGUAAGGCUGAGAUUACAUUUGAUGACCAUAAAAACGGGUCAUGCGGCGUGUCCUAUAUUGCCCAAGAGCCUGGUAACUACGAGGUGUCUAUCAAGUUCAACGAUGAGCACAUUCCGGACAGCCCCUACCUGGUGCCCAUCAUCGCGCCCUCCGACGACGCCCGCCGCCUUACUGUUAUGAGCCUUCAGGAAUCGGGAUUAAAAGUUAACCAGCCAGCAUCCUUUGCUAUAAGGUUGAAUGGUGCAAAAGGCAAGAUUGAUGCCAAGGUGCAUAGCCCCUCAGGAGCUGUGGAGGAAUGCCAUGUGUCUGAGCUGGAGCCAGAUAAGUAUGCCGUCCGUUUCAUCCCCCAUGAGAAUGGUAUCCACACAAUCGACGUCAAGUUCAAUGGAAGCCAUGUGGUCGGAAGCCCCUUCAAAGUGCGUGUUGGGGAGCCGGGACAGGCGGGGAACCCUGCCCUGGUGUCUGCCUAUGGCGCAGGCCUGGAAGGGGGCACCACAGGUAUCCAGUCUGAGUUCUAUAUCAACACCACUCGCGCGGGCCCAGGGACAUUGUCUGUCACCAUCGAAGGCCCGUCCAAGGUGAAAAUGGAUUGCCAGGAAACCCCGGAAGGCUACAAAGUCAUGUACACGCCCAUGGCCCCUGGAAACUACCUGAUCGGCAUCAAAUACGGCGGGCCCAACCACAUCAUGGGCAGUCCCUUCAAGGCCAAGGUGACAGGUCAGCGUCUCGUGGGUGCUGGUUCAGCCAAUGAGACCUCAUCCAUUCUAGUGGAGUCGGUGACCAGGUCCUCAACAGAGACCUGCUAUAGUGCCAUUCCCAAAGCAUCCUCGGACGCCAGCAAGGUGACCUCCAAGGGGGCAGGGCUGUCGAAGGCCUUUGUGGGCCAGAAGAGCUCCUUCCUGGUGGACUGCAGCAAAGCCGGUUCCAACAUGCUGCUGAUUGGGGUCCACGGACCCACCACACCCUGUGAAGAGGUGGCCAUGAAGCACGUGGGCAACCAGCAGUACAACGUCACAUACGUCGUCAAAGAGCGGGGCGAGUACGUGCUGGCCGUCAAGUGGGGGGAGGAGCACAUCCCCGGAAGCCCCUUCCACGUGACCGUGCCUUAAACCGGCUUCCGUCUGGGACAAGCUUCUUGCAGUUACUUGUGUCGCUUGUUUGUAAUUCACUUGACAUCGAGUCCUCUGCCCUGUUGGUGAGUCUGCAGCCUCGUCCCGCCAACCUCACCGUACCUUGCUGUUCGCAAGUGCCUUCCAAGCCUCGUGCCUGCCCUCUCUGCCUCCCUGGAGUAACCCAGGAAAUGCAGUCUCGUUGCCAGGGUCAGAUUGCGGACAAGAAAGGUGGUUUUAAAAAGGAAAAAGAAAAAAAAAAUGAAAUUGGCUAGCCUGGGCUCCAGCUCCUAGCUCCACAUUUAAGAAACUAGACCAGAGGUUUUGGGUGGGGGGCAGGGAAGGGAUUAUUUGGCAAGGUCUUCCCAGGGGGUUCAUACUGCAUCCCUAAAGGCUGCCACAGCUACUUGGCUGCAGCGCCCUGCGCUCUGUGGUGGUCUCCCAUUGCUCCAAGGUGGUGGCAAACUGAUGGGCCCCCCUGGGCUCAUGCCCUUCUUGCCUUCAUUACCUUGCAGUCACAAUGUGUAACCAACAUGACAACCGCAUCUCUGCUUCUGUUGGUUAAGUCCCCUCGGUUGGUUAGCCUGAGGAAAUUCUACAGCGGCCAGAGUCCCCAACCCUCACCACUUGCCAAAGACCUCCUUAACCCGCCUAAGUCCUUGUUUGUAACACACGCUGCAGACAGGGGUCAGCCUGGUGAGUCCUGGCAUGCAUCCUUGGCACAGAAGCCUGGCACGUGAUGCCACAUUCUGUAUCUGCCUCCAGUCAGCCUCCUGCAUCCCUCAGUAUAGACAGCAAGGGAUGAAACGCCUGCCAAACAGCCUCGGCGGUGGUAGAUGUGUCUUUCACCAUGACACAUGUUACUCUCUGAAGCUGUUUGCAGAGGGUGGAAUCCCAGACACGAAGUGUGGGGCAUCUGCUGUGCCUUCCUGCAGACCAGAGUCAGCUCUGGGAUCGGGAUGGUGUGUGAUGGCAGAGCCCAGCUCUGAUUUGCUGCACGACCCUGAGAAGUAGCGGGGGGCGUAUGCGGAUACCUGGAAGCUGGAGUAGCCCGAAGCCUAAUGUGAAAGGACCACAGGCCUUGUGAAUGGGGACGUGGAACCCAAACUGGAAUCAAAUGGCGACUGUAAAUUGUAUCUUAUAACUUAUUAAAUAAAAUGUUCGCUCUGUUCAAAUGA